AUGCAAGCACCAGUCGAAUUGUUGUUAGAGCCUUAACACAUCCAAUAAUUUUAAAAAGAAUUGAAUGUUUUAUUAGCAAAGCAAAAAAAUUUUGGUGGCAAAGAACCAAUAGUAAAGAUAGAAGUGUGUCAGAAAGAGUCAAUAAGAUACUACAAAGGAGAUAAUAAAAAAUAAAAUUAUUUAAAAAUAUACGUGGUCCAACCAACUUUUGUUGCAUAAAUAAGAAACUUCUUAAAAAGUGAUAAUAGAAUGGUGUGUGAUAUGGAGUUACCACAAUUGACAUUUGAAUCAAACAUACCAUAUGCAUUAAGAUUUAUGAUUGAAUAUGAUAUCGUAGGUAUGGGUUGGAUAGAGUUGAAGGAUUACAUAAUAAGAGAGAAUAAAAACAAAAUAUCAUCUUGCUAGAUAGAAGUGAAUAUAGAUUGCUAAUUUGUAAAAGCCAUUCCUUUGGAUGAAAAAUCAGAGAUUGCUCCCUUGCGAAUUUUAUCAUUUGAUAUUGAGUGUGCAGCUGAGAAGGGAUUUCCAAAUGAGGAACAUGAUCCCAUAAUCUAGAUUGCCUGUAUUGUCAAAGUGCAUAAUCGAAAUGAGGAAUUAAUCAGAGUUGUAUUUACACUGGGUGAUUGCGAGAAGAUUCCAGGAGCCUGGGUUAAGUCCUUUUAGAAAGAAGAAGAUUUACUAAAUGAAUUUUAAGUGUUCUUUUAAGGGUUAGACCCUGAUAUUAUAAUUGGUUAUAAUAUUUAGAAUUUUGAUAUACCUUACAUAUUGAAUAGGGCCCAAAAUUUGAAGUUGAAGAAUUACGGUAAAUUUGGUAGAAUUCCAACAGACUAAUCAACAAUUAAGAAUGGCAAAUUCUUGAGUAAGGCUAUGGGAAUGAGAGAAACCAAAGACAUUAACAUUGAAGGGAGAAUCCAAUUGGAUAUGAUGAUUCACAUGAUGAAAGAACACAAACUGUCUUCAUUUUCAUUGAAUAAUGUUAGUUUUUAAUUCUUAAAACAAUAAAAAGAAGAUGUGCAUUAUUCAAUUAUUUAUACUCUUCAAAAUAAAAACCCAGAGACAAGAAAAAGAAUAGCAGUAUAUUGUCUAAAAGACGCUGAAUUGCCAAUAUUAUUGAUGGAUAAAUUAUGUUGUCUUUAUAACUAUGCGGAAAUGGCAAGAGUCACAGGUGUACCAGUCAAUUAUCUAUUUAUGAGAGGUUAACAGAUAAAGGUGGCAUCUUAGUUAUUGAGAAAAGCCAAACAUUAUGAUUUCAUAAUCCCAACUGAACAUUUCAAAUCUACAGACUAGGAGUAUUAAGGAGCAUUCGUAUUGGAUCCAGUGAAGAACUUUUACAAGGUUCCAAUUGCCACUCUUGACUUUGCCUCUUUGUAUCCAAGUAUCAUGAUGGCUCAUAACAUGUGUUACAGUACCUUGUUAAAUACGUCUCCUUUUAAGGUAGGCUUAGCUGAUGAGCAAGUUACAGUAUCUCCAGAAACUAAUGCUAUAUUUGUUAAGCCAAAUGUUAGAAAAGGAAUGCUUCCAUUGAUUCUUGAGGAUCUUAUUAAUGCGAGAAAGAAAGCAAAGAAUCAAUUAGCAUAAGAGACUGAUCCUUUUAAGAAGGCAGUAUUAGAUGGUAGACAACUUGCCUUGAAAAUAUCAGCUAAUUCAGUUUAUGGAUUCACUGGAGCUUAAGUUGGUCAACUGCCCUGUUUGGAAAUAUCAGCAUCAAUUACCAGUUUUGGUAGACAAAUGAUUCAAUUUACAAGAGAUACAGUUCUUGAACAUUAUAGUAAGAAAAAUGGAGCUGAAUUCGAUGCAGAAGUUAUUUAUGGAGAUACUGAUUCAGUUAUGGUCAAAUUUGGUGAUUAUUCAGUUGAAAAAGCUAUGGCUUUGGGAAGAGAGGCAGCAGCUUUGAUCUCAAAAAAGUUCAUUUAACCUAUCAAACUUGAAUUUGAAAAGGUCUAUUACCCAUAUUUAUUGAUGAAUAGAAAGAGAUAUGCUGGAUAAUUAUGGACCAAGCCUGAUAAACCAGAUAAAAUUGAUACUAAAGGUAUAGAGAGUGUUAGGAGAGAUAAUUGUUUUCUUAUUCGAAAAAUGGUUACAGAGAUCCUGAACUUCCUUCUCAUUAAACAAGAUGAAAAAUCAGCUGUUCAAUACACAAAAGAAUAGAUCAGAAAUUUGUAUUUAAAUAAAGUUGACAUCUCUGAAUUGGUUAUCACUAAAUCCCUUAAUAGCAAAAAGGAGGAUAAGGAUAAUAAUAAUAAUAAUAAUAAUAAUAAUAAUAAAGAAAAAAAGAAAAAUCAAAAUGAAGAUGAUGGAAAUAAAUUAACUAAAAAUUAUAAACAAAAAUAAGCACAUGUUGUUGUUGCUGAAAAAAUGCAGAAUAGAGAUGCAUCCAAUGCUCCAUCUGCCGGUGAUAGAAUUGCUUACAUCAUCAUUUAAGGAGCUAAAGGAACUAAAACUUAUGAAAAUGCAGAAGAUCCAGUAGAAGUCUUGGAAAAAGAUUUCCCUAUUGAUUUUGAUUACUAUGUCAAUAAUCAAAUCAAAAAACCUAUCAUGAGAUUAUUUGAAUUUGUUAUACCAAAUCCAGAGAGCAUCUUUGUAGGUGAUCACACCAUGUCAAGAUAUAUACCAAAAGUAAAUAUCAAUUCUGCCUUGGGAAAAUUUGUAUAGAAAAAAACAGCCUGUUUGAACUGCAAGAAAGUUAUCAAAGAUAAUGAAGCUUUAUGCAAUUUUUGUUUGGAUAAGACAUUAGAAAUGAUGACUAAAUCUUCAAUUAAACUUUAAGAACUGUAAAUCAAUUAUCACAAAUAUUGGACAACCUGUUAGAGUUGCCAAGGAUCUUUAUUAGGAGAUAUCUUAUGUAGUAAUCGAGAUUGCGAAAUUUAUUAUAAAAGAAUCAAGGUUCAACGUGAUCUUAAGGAAUAAUGGGAUGAAAUUGAUAAAUUAUAUGCUUAACAAUAAUGAACUCCAAAUUUUCAAAUAUUACAUUGACUAUAUAUAUAUGAAUUUAUUCAUAUUUUUCUUAUUUUUAUAUACUAAUAAAUAGUAUGUUAA